CUCCUUUCCGGCCGGUGAUUACCUACUUUGCAGUGUUAUUCGUCUUUGCAGCCCUACCUACCACAUUCCUUCUAGCGUUUUCAAACCCUUCGGUCGCUGCUGCUUCGUACAGUGACUUCGCAACAAAAUCAGAAUGAUGACAAUGGUGUCGUCAUUGAGAGCCUUCAGGCUGGCCACGGCCCUUCUGGCUCCAGGUGUCACCGUAUCAGCCAGCAACCGGGUACCGGCGCUCCGGAAGCGAAACACGCACCAAUGUCCACAUAUAGCAGCCGUUGAUGAUCUAUUCGAAAAUUAUCCCUCAGGUCCUGCCACCUUUGCCAAUAUACCAUACGUGAACUGCUUCUCGGCGGACUCCACUGCUAAGGCUGAAUACGAUAUCGCUAUCCUUGGGGCACCGUUUGAUACGGGCGUCACCGGACGACCGGGAGCGAGAUUCGGCCCUCAGGGCAUUCGAGCCGGGUCAUGGCGGAUAUACCCCGAGUACGCUUGGAGUGUCUACGCAGGGCGGAACCCAUUCAAGGACUGGGCCAGGAUCGUCGAUUGCGGUGAUGCGCCACUGACCUGGCUCGACAACUCCAUUGCCUUGGCUGCGCUGGAAAGGGCACACCUGUUAGUAUCGGGCCGCCCUGCGAAAUCAGCAUCCAACAUGAAGGGUUCCAUACCCAGGAUAAUCACUCUCGGCGGUGACCAUACAACGACUCUUCCUGCCCUCCGAGCAGCGUUUCAGAGAUGGGGAGAGCUGUCUGUGGUCCAUUUUGAUGCUCAUAUCGAUACUUGGGACCCCAAGGUCCUCGGGGGAGAGUCACGAUAUGCUGGAACCAACCACGGCACCUUCUUGCAUAUUGCGCAUGAAGAGGGUCUCAUCAGCAACAACAGCAUCCACGCCGGCAUUCGGGCGCCAGUUUCAAGGCCAAAGGAAGACAUGGAAAACGACAGACGCUGCGGAUUCUCAACCAUAACAGCAAGAGACCUGGACAAGCUGGGGACUUCUGGCGUUAUUCAGGCCAUACGGGAUCGCGUUGGGAGUUCGAGGGUUUACAUCAGCGUCGAUAUUGACGUGCUUGAUCCGGCGUAUGCUCCUGCAACCGGCACUGCUGAACCAGGUGGCUGGACUACUCGGGAAUUCCUGACAAUUCUUGAUGGCUUGGUUGGCCUUAAAGUUGUGGGCGCCGAUGUUGUGGAGGUGGCACCGGUUUAUGACAACGUCGGAGAGAUUACCGUUCUCGUAGCGUCGGAGGUUGUUCAGUCGUUGCUCGAUCUGAUGGUUCAGGUGCCUGUCGAGUAGGGGUAUCUGUAGUAGGCUCCUAGCUUUGUCCCAGGCUGCUUGAGGUACAAACCUUAGUGUGCUAAUAUCGGGAAAUCCCACCUCUUCCUGAAGCGUUAUCUGGCCAGCAGUGCCUUUGAAAAUUCACGAGUAUAUAUUCU